AUGUCUAUUAGAAAAUUUUUUGACAAAUUCAUCGAUAGAAAAAUAUCACCAAAAUGCGACAUUAAUAUAGACCCCUUUGAAAUCAUUGAAAGCGUUGAAUUGAGCCAAUCCAUAGGGACAACAGCUAUUCAAGCAAGGUUUAAUUGUGAAAUAAUAGAAAUAACAAAAAUGUUUGGUGUAAAUAUACAUUAUCACCUUAAAUUCAACAAUCCUACAACUUCUCAUUCAGUAUCUCCCCCCAAUGCUCUUGAAAUACUUAUACGAAAUUCUCAUAAAAAGCAAAUAUAUAUACCAAUUGAAUCUGCUGAUAUACAAGGAAAACAUUUUGUCAAUUGUUCGUAUGAAGCUGUUUGGUACAUCAAUAUGUGUGGACAUUUAAAAUUUAAAGAAU